AUGGCUGAGUCUAUGCGCUCGAGCCUGCCGAACGGUGGACCGGCUUCGAGUCGACAUGAGAAAAGUUUGGGUCUCCUCACAAUCAAGUUCGUGACUUUACUCCAAGAGGCGAAGGACGGCGUACUUGACCUGAAAGUGGUCAGUUGUCAAAGCUUGCGUCUCUUCAUAUUUGUCACUAUUUAUGCAAUGUUAUGUCGGUGUCAAUGUUUUUCCCAUCAUCCAGCCAGCGAAAUUGAACAAAGCCAAAGCACGGUCUUGAUUCACCAUUCAUUCUUCUGACCAAAUCUCAGAUAGUCAAUGCGUUAAAACGUCUCGAGGUAAAUUCACACUGAAGAAAGUUGUUCAUUUUUUGUCUUCAACCAAGUUUUGAAACGAACUAGCCAGAAAAUAUUGCUUGCUUGGUAGCCAGUUAGCUGCUGGCAAACUUUCAUUCUGCCAGCUUUAAUUUCUGUCAAAUGCAUUACUUUAUUUCUCACCACUUCCAGGCAGAUAUCUAGCAAGGCAGCUAGCUUGCUUGCUCCAUAGCUAGCUACCUGUUGUCAUUGGUUCAUAGCUAUGCUAGAAUUAUGUUUUCUGGACAUGUGUGUUAUGCAACAAGUUACUUAAACUGUUAAUGUGACCAAGAUAAUCACAACUGGGACACCUGGCCAUACCUACUAACCCCACCCCCAUCAGUGUCUGGUUCCUGACAAGGUUUCCUUCCUUUUACAGUGAUUGUAAUGAUUGAUUGAUUGAUUUAAUGCAUAGUAGACUAGGACCACCGAGCUUGCUACCCCCUUGGACAACCUGGCUGUUUGAACUGGCUGUUUUCAACUCUUUCACUGAUAAGGAGUCUGGACAUUUCCCUCUCUACUUGCGCGCCAGAGCAGGCUGUUUACUCAGCAGGCAGGCUCCCUCCCUCUCCUUCCAUUGUAUGAAGUCUACUCAGUCUUCAUGUGCCAAGUUUUUGGUUGGUUGGUGUCAAUUCUGAGCCUGGGGGGGUAGGCCUAUACACACAGCACUCAGUUUCAUUCUACAGAAUAGAAAGCAGCUUCAUUAUUUCCACAUGUUUACAUGGGUUUUCAUCCCCAAUGUACUGUACAGUUUUCCUCAAGAUUCGUUUUCUCAGUAAUGGUCACUUCAGGUGUCUGUCAGUAUUGUCUAGUUUUUAAACACGUCUGUCGUGUCCAUUGACAGGCUGCAGACAGCUUGGCCGUGAGACAGAAGAGGAGGAUCUAUGACAUCACCAAUGUGCUGGAGGGAGUGGGCCUCAUUGAGAAGAAAACCAAGAACAUAAUUCAGUGGAGGUGAGUUGGGCGGCUGCCUGUUGUCUGCAGUGUCAAGGUGAAUAAAGUCAGUCACUCUGGAUGGUGUUCAUUUUUAUUCAACACUUAAGGGAAAGGAAAUACGAAAAAUCACUGCACAUCCAAAUGCCCUACACACAUUCUCCCAUUUAAACCCCUUCUCUCAUCCUGUCCCAGAGGGGAGAACCUGGGCUGCAAGACAGCGGAGGUGCUGGAGCAGGUAGAGGUGCUGACAGCCCAGCUGUGUGAGCUGGAGGAGCAGGAGAAGGAGCUUGACAGCCAGAAGGCCUGGCUGGAGCAGAGCAUCAAACACAUGAACGACGACCCCAUCGCCAGCAGAUAUCCUUCAACAUGAACUCCCUCGCGCUGUGGGGGAGGUGGGGUACUGCCCCAUUAGGUUGCGUGUGUCACUGACCGUAGUCACUCGAGAAACACAUGUUGCUCGGAGUUUCGCGUAAAUCAUGCAUUUAUUGGUGGGACAUUUGUGAGAAAAUUCGAGAAGAAGGAUUCGACCUUAAGACUGGGCUGAAUUUUGGAUUAGACAAGGUGAAAUUUGAGAUGGAUUUUGUCCGUUUUUCUUAUAGCUGUGUUCUACCUCAUCUAUGCUGACAGUGAUUAUGUCCCUGAAAGGCCCCCCUACUUUUAAUGAGGAACUCAAACGAGGAAAUCCCUUAAAUGUAAGGAUGGGAUUACAUGCAUGAGUGUAGUUAGCAUGUCAGAUCAGUUUUAGGCUCUUUGUUGUUUAAUGCUCUUGGUCUUGUUUUUCCAGUUUACAAUGAUUAUCACGUCAGUCUUUCCUGCUCCACUUCAGUCUCUCCCCAUUCUUUCCUUAACACCGCCCACGUAUAAGUAUGUGACCCACGAGGACAUCUGUGAUGCUUUCAGUGGAGAUACUCUCCUGGCGGUGGUCGCUCCCUCAGGAACACAACUGGAGGUACCGGUGCCUGAAACGGUAUGUUAUGUGUUAUGCUAGUGUGGAUAUUGGAACAAAGUCAAGCUCUGAUACCUAUUUCACACUACUGAGCUAAGUCAAACCAAGCUAAGCCAUACUGGGCUGGCCUGUUUACGCAUCCACCAUAGUUGGUUGAGCUGUACUGGAAAGGACGAUGUGGAUAGAAACUAUCCGAACCAGAACAGUAUGGUUUGGGUCGACACGAUUGUGUGAAAAGGGUAUUGGUGUUUAGUGUACUAACUGUCCCCGUGGUCUCCUAGGGUCAGAGAGGCCAGAAGAGGUACCAGGUGAAUCUAAGGAGCACGUCAGCUCCCAUCCAGGUGAUGCUCAUCAACAAAGAGUCUGGUUCCUCCAGACCCGUAGUGUUCUCUGUGCCUCCCCCGGAGGACCUGUCUUCCAUGCCUACCCCACCCACCACCCCCGCAGACCUGCAGAGGUUCCCCCUGCCCUCUGACUCAGCCCAUUUCCCGAGCCCUGUGAAACGCCAAAUCUCUGAACACAAGAUUGCGCCACUGCGGAGGCACGAUGAGGAUCUUACACCCUCCUCCACCCCACCAGAUGUACACAUGGGUAAGGAGGACUACUAGGCCAUUCACUCAGGGCUCACAUCAUUUGUGAAGUUGUGGUAAUGAUGGAGAUAUGCUACAAAUGGUGUUAUCUUAGCCUGUAGCAAUCAGAAGGGAAUCUAAGGAUUGAAGUGACUUUUUUAAACGAUGAUUGUUAUUAUCAUAUCUGAAAUCAACAACUGAAUAGAUGAGGGAGUAAGAGCAAUGGGAAGUAUUUGCAGCAUUAAAUCCCGCCAUGCUCCAGACUGCCAUGCUACUGUUGACCCUUUUUGUCCCUCUUCCCCUCCUGUAGAAUGCCACCCCCAGGCGACUACUGGUCUGGCGAUGCAGCAGUUGUUGGUCGGCACAGCAACAGGCGUCCAGCAGCAGCAAGGGGUUCUGGGAGGACACUUGGGCCAGGAGCUCCAGUCCAUGCUGGACGUGGGCAGCCUGCUGAAAUUACCCAACACAGGAGACCACAUGAAGGAGGAGAGAGAGGGUGAGAGGGAGAAGGAGGGGACGUGGGCAGCCUGCUGAAACUAACCAACACAGGAGACUAGCUGAAGGAGGAGAGAGAAUGUGAGGGAGGGGGGUGAGCGGGGAAGGGGAGGGGAAGUGGGCGGCCUGUUGAAGCUCGGUACAGGAGACCAGCUGAAGGAGGAGGGAGAGGGAGGAAGGUGGUGGAGGAUGAGAGUGGGAGUCUGGAACUUGGAGGGUGGCCAACCUCUUGGGUUUGGACUGGGGCUUGUUAACUGAGGUCUGUACUUUGUAUUAACAUGGCUUUAUUCCCUGUGUGUUGUACUUACAGAUAAAUGUUGUCUGUGUUCUUUAGGUGUGGCUGACCUAAUUGAUGAGCUGAUGUCCUCUGAUGGUAAGCAUUAGGGCUGAGAGUCUAAAGAUCCUAUCUGGCUGCUCUCAAUAUUCUCUCCAAAGUUUGACAAUGUGCGAUUUGAGUUUUCUCCUCUCUCUAUUUUGUGUUACAGUGUUCCCUCUGCUGCGACUGUCUCCCAAUGCAGGGGUGGACUACAACUUCAACCUGGAUGACAAUGAGGGAGUCUGUGAUCUGUUCGACGUCCAGAUCCUCAAUUACUGA